GCGAGCCUCCCUCCCGCUUCUCUCUCUGGGCGUGCUUCUUCCUUUUUCUCCCCCGGUUGCCAAUGUCUAGCUGAAGGCUAUCGAGAGCCUAAAGGGUUAAAGCGACAGAGCUCUCCCCUCCGACUAGAUUCAAGCUUGGAGGAAGACACAGAGGAGCUGCAAGGAGCAGAUUUCUUCAGCCAGGAGGAUAGUUGCAGCUGUCAAGCCUGCAGAGAAAGAUUCCCCAAGACCCACUCACUGGAGCCAAAUCAAAUAAUGCUUCAAAUCAAAGAAUUCUGAGCCUAUCCAUCACCGCACAAAAAGACUUGCUGCUGGCGAUUCCCUGGAAUUUGCAAUUCUAGAAACCAGGAAUGUCUGGACUGUGGCUGCAUUAAAAUUGAUUGUUCUGAAUGAGGUGGAAAGCUCAUUUCUGAACAUUAUUAUCAUUAAUAGUUAGUUGCUGUUCUCAGAAAGGUGAAUGCAAGGCAACUUGCAAAAAACGAUAGUCCCUUGUGCAGAGGCUUGACAGCCAUCUGUCAGGAAUGCUUUGAUGGUGUUUCCUGCUUGGCAGGGGGUUGGACUGGAUGGCCCUUGUGGUCUCUUCCAACUCUAUGAUUCUAUGAUCUAUUUCUCUCUUCCUCCCACCUCCCUCAAAACUCCUUUUAGCAGAAACACCUGUCUACAACACCUUCGGUCUUCUAUGCUUUCCUGGAGGACUCAUUUACAGAGAGAUUCAUGGUCCUUGAAAAGUGACUUUAGAUGAAGAAAGCUCUUCAGAGGCUGGAUGUUCUUUCUGACAUUUGAACAGUUCAAUGGAGACUUUGAGAGUGCAAGUGAACAUGUCUGUGGAUGAAGGGGCAGCAAAGGCUCCAGGAUUGCAGAAGGGAGAGCAAAACACCCCCACCAUUAAAUUGUGGACCGAUCUGGGGGAAAGAAAAGCCCCACAGCUUGUAUCCAUCGAGGGGAUUGGAGAAUCACAAGCUACGGUCUAUCCACGGCAGGUGAAACGUGAACCAGAAGAGGAGCUUCAGGAAUGCUGGGAAGCCCAGUGGCAGGAGUUCCUCAAGACAUUGCAGGCCCCUCACUCAGGAUGGGGGAAUCCGCAGGUAUCAGAGGGGCCCUCACCAUGGGAGGAUGCUAAGGCCUUCCUGGCCUCCUUUGAGCAAGUAGCCUCAGCCUGCCGGUGGCCUCUGGACAAGUGGAUGACCCUCCUCUUGCCAGCCCUCAGCAUAGAGGCCCAGCAGGCUUUCAGCAGCCUCAGUGCCCAGGACAGGGGAGACUACGGGAAGGUAAAGGCGGCCAUCUUGCAAGGAGAGUCCACUUUGAGGGAGAAGCAGCGCCAGCACUUCAGGCAGCUCUGCUACCAGGAAGUGGAGGGGCCCAGAGGCGUUUACGGCCGGCUGAGGGAACUUUGCCGCCAGUGGCUGAGAGUGGAGAGACACACCAAGGAGGAGAUCUUGGAGCUGCUGAUCCUGGAGCAGUUCCUGACCGUCCUGCCCCAGGAAAUGGAGAGCUGGGUGAGGGAACAGGGCCCAGAGACUUGUGCCCAGGCAGUGGUCCUGGCAGAGAAUUUCCUGCUACAGCAGCAGAACACGGUGAAACAGGAAGGAGAGGGGCUGUGGCCCUUGGGUGUGGGACUGGCUGUGAAUCUCUCCGAGGCAGGCGUGGUCCCACCACCAGAGGCGUGGGAAAGGCAGCCUUUCAAGGAGUUCAAGCAGGAGCAAGAUGAAGAGGCAAGCUUGUUUGGUGACGGGCAGGUACAUGAGAGCCAACUUGAUAAUCUUCAGCAGGGUGAUUCUGAGGUACCAGCAGACACAUCACUGCAAGGAGACGACAUCUUCCAUUACUGCAAAGAGAGAAGAAGCCUUGGGAGUCAGGAGGGACUGGAGAGCGAGUGGAGAACCAAACCUGAGAAGUGCUCAGAUGAAGCCGUUCCUGUCCAUAAAGGUAACUUAAAUCAGGAGGAAACCGGGGCCCACCCCAAAAUCCACCGCUGUCACUGUGGAAAAAGUUUCCGUUGGAGCUCGAAUUUCAGGGUCCACGAGAGAAUCCACACCGGAGAGAAGCCAUAUAAGUGUGCCGAAUGUGGGAUGAGUUUCCGUAAAUCUGCACAGCUGAAGGCCCACGAGGGAAUCCACACUGGGGAGGUGCCCUUCCGGUGUUCCAUGUGCCAGAAGAGUUUUACAAGUGGCUCAAACCUCGUUGCCCACGAGAGGAUUCACACGGGAGAGAAACCAUACAGGUGUACGCACUGCGGGAAAAGUUUCCGCCAGAAAGGCACCCUCACGACACACGAGAAAAUCCACAUUGGAGAGAAACCUUUCAAAUGCUCAAUCUGCGGGAAGAAUUUCCGUCAGAAGGGCACGUUGACGACGCACGAAAAGAUCCACCUGGGACAGAAGCCAUAUAAGUGCUCCGAGUGUGGGAAGAACUUCCGGACCUCUGCGGACCUGAGGGUCCAUGAAAGGAUUCACACUGGAGUGAAACCAUAUCAGUGUGCUGUGUGCCAGAAGAGUUUCACUGACGGCUCAAACCUCAUUACCCACGAGCGAAUCCACACGGGAGUGAAACCAUAUCGGUGUGGGCGCUGUGGGAAGAGCUUCUGUCAGAAGUCAGGCCUUAUGACACACGAACGAGUUCACGCCGGGGUCCAGCUUUACAAGCGCCCGGCUUGUCGGAAGGGUUUGGCCGGUGGCGCAAGUGGAAGUUUGUGCCAGGAAUCGAAUCCCGGAGACAAAUUGCGUAUGAGUGCUGAUUGUGGGGAGGGCUUCAGUGACAUAGGGCAUGUGAGAAGAGAAGAGCCAAAUAUCAGAGAACAGCCAUAUGGGCUAUUGGAAAAGAGUUCGGAUGGAGCAUCGUCCUUCUGACACUAGAGAGAAUCCACAACGCAGGGAAGCCAUUUGUGUCGAGACAGGGGUGGGGAACCUGUGGCCCUGCAGAUACUGCUGAACUACAAAUCCCAUCAUCCAUGCCAACUGGUUGUGAUGGGAAUUGGAGUCCUGCAACAUCCAAAGGACCACAGGUUCCUCACUACUAUGUUAAGGCUUUGUUAAAGGGUUAAGUCAGCCUUCCUAACCCAGCACCCUAUAGAUUAAACUCCAUUCAGCCCCAGCAGCCAUGGGCAAGAGUUGGGGAUGAUGGGAGUUGUUAUUCAAGAACUUCUAGAGGGCACCAGGCUGUGGAAGCCUGGCCAGUAAGGCAGGAUGUGGCCAUUUAGAUGGUGCUAGGCUACAGACUUCCCUCUGCCCCAGCCAAUAGUCAGAGGUGGCCUGGAGAGCCCCCAGGUUAACACGUUCCUGCCACAAGUAUUUGGAGCUUGGCUAUGAGAUAAGUUGCAUCAGUGCUCUGACUUUGGAAGAAGCUCCCAAUGGACAGCUGAUGCUGAGGAAGCCUGAAGAUGAGUACCUGAUCUUCAUAAAACUCACAUUGAAUCCCCAAAGAUUUGGAGCCCUUAAACCCACACGGAGUGGGCCUGCUUUAGUCAGACUACAGAAUUUGCUGAAUGUUUACACAAGAGAGGAACUUUUCUAUUGAAGAAAGUGACUAAAGUUCACUAAAGUGAGAGGCUUGCAUGCUACCGGUAGUGAUAGGACAAUGUACUUUUGGUAGGACUGGGAAGAAGUGUUGACUGUAUGUAACUAACAUUUUCAAGUUUCCAGUUCAUGUGUCUUAAUAGGGAAUUGUGUGCAAUGAACUUCCUUCUGCCUGUCUUGGCUUGUGGGGUGGGGGGUGGGGAGGAUCCCUUCCACCAGGAGCCCAUGCAGGUGGUAGGAGCCGGAGACUGGACCUGAAUUGGGAACAUUACCCAUGGAUGCUGGCCAGUUAAGGCAAAUGGGGCCCACCAGCCUCAGUUUGCCCUCAACCAGCCGUCACCAACCCACCUUCCUUAUUACAGCCAGUCCAGUGGAUAGGCCUGGCUGUCAGCUCCCUCCUCCUUAGUUUCAGUGUUGUGAAUAUGGAACUCAGCAAGGAGGACAAAGCAAAGCUUGAAUUAAUUGGCUGGUCCAGAUAUUGGCUCUGGUGCCACCUAGUGUUGGGCUCGCUGCUUCCUGCCCCACCAGUCCCAAUGAAUGUGACCCACUACCAACCAAUAUUUAAAAACUUUUUUCCAUAACCUGUUUGGAUUUAGGGGUGAGAGCUCCUGUUGUUUGGUCCUUGCUCCUGCCAACCUAGCAGUUCGAAAGCACGUCAAAGUGCAAGUAGAUAAACAGCGGGAAGGUAAACGGUGUUUCCGUGCGCUGCUCUGGUUUGCCAGAAGCGGCUUAGUCAUGCUGGCCACAUGACCCGGAAGCCAGUAAAGCGAGAUGAGCGCUGCAACCCCAGAGUUGUCCGCGACUGGACCUAAUGGUCAGGGGUCCCUUUACCUUUACCUUUACUGAGGUGGCAAAUUUCGCUGAUGGCACCAAAUUGUUUAGGGUGAUUAAAAACAGAAAAGGACUGUGAAGAGCUUGAAAAUUAUUGAUCCAAAUUGGUAUCAGUUUACACUGAUGGGAUCUGAGCUGUCAAUGACUGGCAAGGAAUGGGACCUUGGGGUCGUGGUGGAAAGUGCAACGGAAAUGCCAAAAGAGAGUGGGGGAAAAAAAGCAAAUUCUAUGCUAGGAUUCAUUAGGAAAGGAACUGAAAAUAAAAUUGCCAAUGUUGUUAUACAAAUCUAUGAUGGAAACGGUUCAGAAAAGCGAAACCAAAGUGAUCAAGGGGGUGGAGCAAGUCCCUUAUGAGGAUAGGUUAUGAUGUUUGGGUCUUUUUAGUUUAGAAAAAAGGCCCUGGGGGAGCGCAAUAGAGGUAUAUAAAAUUAUGCACAUAGUGAAUAGAGAGAAGUUAUCUCCCUCUCUCGUAAUAUGAGAACACGUAGCCAUCCAAAGAAGCUGAAUGUUGGAAGAUUCAGGAGUGGCAAAUGGGUUAAGUUCUUCACCAACUUGGACUGCUUUAAAAGGUGGGUUGAAUUCAUGGAGGAUAAGCCUGUAAACAGUGAUGAUGGCUGUUUGGUACCUCUAAAAUCUGAGACAGUAUAUGUCAGUGAGUACCUGUUGCCAAGGGAACAAGAGUGAGAGGUGCCUGAUUGGCCACUGUGGGAAAUAGAAUGUUGGGCUAUACCAGGCACCCCCAAACUUCGGCCCUCCAGAUGUUUUGGACUAGAAAAUUUACUGAAGCACUCUUGUUGCCUCUGAUUUUUAAGGACAACCUGACAGAGGCAAACAAAGUGUCCCUCAGGGCUAUUUCUUAUGGGGCAAACCUGUGUCAGUUUGUUUAUUUUUGAAAUUUCUAUACUACCCUUCAUCAAAAGCCCAUUGGAUAGUGUUUUGGGUUUACACCCACACCUACACCCACACACCACACAUUCCUAAAAUGAUUUAUAAGUCAUAUGAAAUUACAAUAAGAGCUGUAAAAACAUCAAUAAAUACUGGUUGGUGAAAA